GGUGCCGAGGCCGCGCGGGAGGCGGGAAGGUCGGACGCUGACAGAGCAGUCGCCUCAGUUAUAAACCUGAAACAAACUGGAAAAAGCAACAAUGUCUUCUGAUGUGUCUCAAUAUACUAUUGGGGGAGUGAAGAUUAUGUUCCCUUGCAAGGCUUACCCUUCGCAGCUUGCUAUGAUGAAUGCUAUCGUUAAGGGCUUAAAUAACAGGCAGCAUUGUUUGUUGGAGAGCCCCACAGGAAGUGGCAAAAGCCUGGCGUUACUUUGUUCUGCAUUAUCAUGGCAGCAGUCUCUGUACGAGAAAUCACUGCUCAAAUCAUCAUGUGAAAAGGAGGACAGGGAGCCAGCAGCCUCACUGCCGUGUCGCUGUGUGUGUCAUUCCCGAUCUGAGAGCAGCGAGGCGACUGCAGGAGCAAGUCAUGGUGCUGCAUGUUCUAAUAAUUAUGAAACAGGAGGUUCUGUAAAACAUGGAGACCAACUAUCAGACACAGAAUGCAAGGAAAACAAUACCCUAGCUUCAAAAUUGUCUGCCAAAAAAAGGGCAUCUGCAUGUGGAAAUGAGUGUGAUGAUUUUCAAGUAGAGAGGAAGAGGAUUCGUCCUUUAGAAACAGAGCAGCAGGUUAGAAAACGUCAUUGCUUUUCAAAAGAGGUGCAGCUGGUUGAUGCUUUAGAAGUUUAUAAUCAGAGAAAAAAUGGGGAGCUGAUUGUUCACUCUGAAAAAAGUGUGAAAAACACUUCUCCCCAAACACUUUUCAGCUCUUGCACGGAGUGUUCCUGUUCCUCUGGAAAAGAAACUCGUAAAGAUUCUGGUAACACAAAGAAGAAAGCAAAUGGAGAUCAAACAUUCAUUCCCAAAAUAUUUUUUGGAACACGAACACACAAACAAAUUGCCCAGAUUACCAGGGAGUUGAAGAGGACAGCGUAUUCUGGUGUCCCUAUGACAAUUCUCUCUAGCCGGGAUUAUACCUGUAUUCAUCCAGUGGUGUCCAGUAGUAAUAGUAACAGGAAUGAACUGUGUGUAGAAUUACUGGAAGGAAAGCAUGGCAAGUCCUGUCUUUACUAUCAUGGUGUUCAUAAACUCAGUGAACACUAUGCCCUACAGUCUGCACAUAACACAUACCAGGCUUGGGACAUUGAGGAUCUAGUGAGCCUGGGAAAGAAGCUUCGUGCCUGUCCAUAUUUUGCAGCCAGAGAACUCAUGGUGGGGGCAGAUAUUGUAUUUUGUCCUUAUAAUUAUCUCCUAGACCCACAGAUACGGGAGAGUAUGGAAAUUAACCUGAAAGGCCAGGUAGUCAUUUUGGAUGAAGCCCAUAAUAUUGAGGACAGUGCUCGGGAGGCAGUGAGCUACAGUGUUACAGAAAGUCAACUAAACGCUGCUCGAGAAGAGCUAGAUUUCAUGGUCAAUAACAACAUCAGGCAGAAGGAUCAUGAGCAACUACGGGCUAUGUGCUGCUCUUUGACAAACUGGCUACGGGAAAGCUCUAGUCAGCUGGUAGAAACAGGGUAUGAAACCUCCUGUAAGGUUUGGAGUGGAAAAGAAAUGCUCAACCAUUUUCACGACAUGGGAAUAACCAAUAUUAGUUUUCCCAUUUUACAGAAACACCUUUCUGCUGUCUUGGAAAAAGAAGAAAAAAUAUCAAUGUUUGGUAAAGAGGAACUUGUCGAGAUACCUAUUGUGAGCUCUGCCACUCAGAUUGUGCUGAAAGGGUUAUUCAUGGUUCUUUUAUAUCUUUUUAAAGAUAACAGCAGGUUUGCAGAUGAUUACAGAGUUGCUUUGCAACAAACUUAUGCUUGGACAAAUGAUAACCAACCUGAUGUUUCAGAUACCAGUGCUUUCUUUACAAAGACCAAACAUAAAAGGAAUUUGCGACAUAAAACUGUAGUCCACAUGCUUAAUUUUUGGUGCUUGAAUCCUGCUGUGGCUUUUUCAGACCUAAAUGAUGUCAGAACAGUUGUUCUGACGUCUGGUACACUCUCUCCAAUGGAUUCAUUUUCUUCCGAACUUGGUGUGAAGUUUUCUAUUCAGCUGGAGGCAAAUCAUGUUAUCCGGAACUCACAGGUUUGGGUUGGCACCAUUGGAACAGGCCCAAAUGGUCGGAAGCUGUGUGCCACGUUCCAGCAUACGGAGACCUUUGAGUUCCAAGAUGAGGUGGGAGCACUUCUGCUUUCAGUGUGUCAAAAAGUUGGCCAAGGAAUUUUGUGCUUUUUGCCAUCCUAUAAGCUGUUGGACAAAUUGAAAGAUCGCUGGAUACACACUGGCUUGUGGAGAAACCUGGAGCUUGUUAAGACAGUCAUUGCAGAGCCUCAAGGAGGAGCAAAAAGUGACUUCGAUGAACUGCUGAAAAUAUACUACGAUGCAAUAAAAUUUAAAGGAGAAAAAGAUGGAGCACUCCUAAUAGCUGUGUGCAGAGGAAAAGUUAGUGAAGGCUUGGAUUUCUGUGAUGAGAAUGCCCGAGCAGUUAUAACCAUAGGCAUUCCGUUUCCAAAUGUGAAAGACCUUCAGGUUGAAUUAAAGAGGAAGUACAAUGAUCAGCAUAAAACUACAAGAGGCCUUUUACCAGGGAGCCAGUGGUAUGAAAUCCAGGCUUACAGGGCUCUGAACCAGGCCCUGGGAAGGUGUAUAAGGCAUAGGAGUGAUUGGGGUGCCCUUAUCUUAGUUGAUGACCGGUUCCGGAAUAACCCUAACAAGUACAUAACUGGAUUAUCUAAAUGGAUUCGUCAACAAGUCCAGCAUCAUGAAAAUUUUGGUAGUGCACUUGAAUCCUUACAUGCAUUUGCUGAAAGAAACCAGAAAGGCAUUGAUUUUUCGUCACAGUGUAGCAAUGAAGUUUUCCAUGUACCUUUAAAUUCAAAAGAGCCGUCAUCAGCUUCUCAACAGGAGGCAACUAUUCACCUGUCACCAGAUGUUCCUGUUAAAAGUGAGGAGCAAAGUUUCGUCCCAGAAACUCAUUUAACUACAACCAUCAACUCAAUUAAUCCUGGACCAUCAAAUCAGCCAGGUGGCCAGAAAGUUGAUGUAGAGAGUUGUUCUCACAAUGGAAUACAAAGAAGAAAACAUAUGGACUCCACACCCAGAAGGCCUGCAAAUAAAACAGAGAAAAAGAGUGAUCGGACUAAUUCUGAUUUUAUGAAAGAGCACUGCUGCUUUAAACCACUGACUUCAACACCUUUGCCUGUAGCCACGAACUGUGUGUCCACAGCAAGCAGCAAACAAAGGAAGAAUGUGAACAGUGCUAGUGAACUUAUUGGUGGUGUAAAUCAAUGCCAGUCAUCAUUCACUUUAGAACAUAAACCAAGUAUACCAGAAUCACAUUUGGAAACAACUAAUUUUUCAGUCAAAAGUACAGAGGCUCCAGUUGCUGAGGAGCAUCUUGAUGAGCAAAAGCUUCAAAUUGAGCCCUGUAGUGAGCUUCCUUCAGUAGGAGGGAGACCUGAACUUUCAGUGUUAGAAAUAUCUGCAGAAGAUGAGGAUGAGAGUCUUUAUUUCACACCAGAGCUCUAUGAUGAUGCAGAAUCUGAGGAACAGGAAAUGAGACCACUAGAUCCAGAUGAGAAUCAGAUUGAAUGUGGAAAACCCACAGUAGCUGAUGAUCUUUUUGUAAUCAGUACCUCAAAAACACUAAGUGAGCCAAAAGAAAUGAUUAAUGAUGAUGGCAGAAACACAAGUUUACAUGGAACAAUGCUGAGUGAUAUCAGUAAGAAUAGCACAGUUAAUAUUGAAAAGAUGACUAAUGGAGAAGAAGCAGAGCAGGUAGAAUCUCAAGAGGUGGACACCAAGAAACGGAAAAUCAGUCUUUCCAGAUCACGAAACAAAGGACUGAAAGUUCAGAGACAGUACAGAAGAGGAAAAGCUACUGUUAGGGCAAGUGGCAACACCUGUGAAAGAAAGAAGGAAAAUCAACAGCAUCCUUGCAAGAGAGGACUUUAUUGUAUUGUCUGCGGAGCAGAAAUACUACCAAAAGCAGAAGACAUUUUGAGAAAAACUUGUUAUGGUGAUAUUGAGCUGAAAAUAAUCUUGAAACUCUUCAGAAAUACUCAUGUAAGAAGUAAGGAGUCCAUUAAUAACUGUACAUGUGGACUAGAUGUCACUUCAGAUGAUGACAACUUGAUGUUGGUAAUCUCAGAUGUUGCGAGUCUCAGUCAUCUUAAAGAAACUUUGAAGAUUUAUCAGAUGCCAGUGAAAAGCAAAGGCACGAAUGCCAGUUUAUCUUUAAAUGCUGUUUGGAAUGAGAAGGAAUAUUCUCUGACAAGUUACUUACAGUGCAGGAACUGCCUCGUCCAGUCAGUGUCUCCAUGCCCUUUGAUAGGAGCUGAGGUUACUCAUUUCAGCAAUAAAGCACAGUCAUGGGUCUGGCUGCUCCCAUCGUCUGUUCAUUAUUGCUUACUGCUGCAGAACCCUCAAAAACGGAAAACAGGCAACUCAGAUUAUACUUUAUCUUAAAAGAUUUUGCUGAUCUCUACCACGAAUUCAUCAGGACUAAUGAGACAGGCUCUUUCUAGGUCAGACUCAGGCUUGGGGCUGUGCUUUAGUGUACACUGAGCGAAGGAUAUGGCGGCUGAAUAGAAAGGGCUUAGAUCCCAAAGCCUCAGGGCUUACUACCACCAGAUGCCUGAGCUGAAAGCUCUCUUUUGGAGUGCAGUUUUUCUGGAAGAAAACCUGAGGAGCUGCAGCUGCGCCUUCUCUACCUAUGCCUGGUACUUACAGCACCUCGUGGCUAAGGGGACCCGUGGUCAACUCCUCAGCUCCUGAUGGACACGUAGCCUGCAGUCUAGCAUGGGCUGGGAGAGAGUGAAGUCCAAACUCACUGCUGGCACCAGUGCUGCUGGACCCGGUGGAACUAAUCUUGCUCAUGCCAAUAUUAAAUUUGGACAUCUACCUUAAAGAAAAACAGCCUUUGAGGUUGUCCAGGUGGGAGCGUGACCUCCAUGGCAGCGGCCUCAGGGCUGCCUCACUGCGAGCAACCGUCCUCAUUCAUCAGCCUCUAUUGGUUGGAAUGGAUUCAUCCAAAUGCAGAAGUGCCUCCCGACUUCCAACCACGGUCAAUGGGGGAAGAAGGGACAUUUGCGCACCGGAGCUUCUCCUCUCUGCGCUGCGCCUGGAGUUUGGAAUGGCACCUCACCACUGGCCUCAGAGGAAAGGGAAUUUCUGCAGGUGGACAGAGCCUAACACGUGCUGCUACAGCAGUCCUGGAGCUACACAGCCCAACAGAUCACUUCUUCCUUUGGUUUGGGGGAUUCUGUGACUUCACGAACUGAGUACCAUAUAAGUGAAGCUCGUGCUUUUCCCAAAAAGUCGAAAUUUGCUCACGGAUGCUUACUGUUACAGGCAAAAGCGAAUGACAGACAACUUCACUCAUUAGUCUAGAAGAUGGUUUCUACCAGAUCGGUAAUGAAGACGUGAGAAUUAAUUCAUUCGGAAGUCAGUCAGAGGCUGAUGGAUCCAGGAGCCGUAAUUCUCAGUGUGCCCAGAGAUGGGCGCUCCCCACACACACGGCGCCCCUGGGAAAUGCAUGCUCGUCUCACCCAAGUGCAAGUUACCCACAGGUAUAACGCUGCCUUAGCACCGUCCCGGAGCGGUAAUGCGAGCUGCGGCACCGCUGGGCCCGCGGAGUCACCCGUCCGUCCAGUUCUCCACCGUCCCCAUUCCUGAAUGGUACUGCAGCGAGGACUCUCGCGACAAGGAGAAGCUUUGGGAGUAGAGGAACUCAUUGGCAGCGUUGAGGUGUGGGGAAGGUGGCUUCCUCUCACACACGGACGGAUGCACUCUUUCCCUUGGGAAUGAUGAUGGGGGGACACGCUCCCGAACCUGAGACUGGGCCAGCUGGUUGUAGACGCUGAAGUGGCUGUUCCCUGGGGGCUGCGAGCCCUGCCCUGCGAUAGAAGGGAGCCGCGGCAUCAUGGUGGUGGCUGUGAAAUGGGCUGGGAAGGGCUGGUAGGGCACAGUUUCCAUUGUCUGAACACUGUAGCUGGUGUAAGGUGCGACUGAAGUCCACAUAUUGCAGCUCAGCGGGGGAGGCGGAGGUGGCAAGUCAUCCACUGCCGGCACACCCGCGAUCUCAGCCCCUGACCCAGAGUACAUGCAGGCUUCCCGCGGGGCCACCUCACUGCAGUAGGACGGGCUCAGCAUCUGCUGCUCGUAGGGUGGUGGGGAGCGGAAGUAGUGAUCGUCACCCACUGAUGAGGAGGCCUCCAGGUAGGAGCGCUUGCAGGGCAGGUCCAGGUGCCGCGCGCUUUCUGCGGGAGAAGAAAGAGAGCUCAGGGAUGAGACUUCAGAAUGGAGGAUUGUUCCGCUACACCAUCAGUGCUCUUUUUCAGACCAUUUCAGUUUGGAAAGACAACAUGCAAUAUCAACAAGGCAUCGUGUUGCAAAUAUUGGAGUAAUCCCAUCAUCCUCCCAAGCAUGCUGAUGACAUUUAUCAGGAGUCUGAAUUUGCCUUCUAUGGGACAAAAUCACUAACGACUGCCCAAAAAUCCAGCUUGUGAGCCCUGACCCUCCGAAACACUUUGAUCGCUUUGUGGAUUAAGGCCUAAGAGACACAUCCAAAGCAAACUGGGAUUAUGGGAAUAUUUUUAUAUAUUCUGUAAAAUGAGUGUAAUUUCCAACCAAUGUGGGCCCAGCCACAGCCUGCCAGAAAUAGCCAUGCGAUGCACUCACCCUCCCCAGCUGGACCAGCAGAUGGGCUGAGCCCAGGGCAGAGGCUGCAUCUCAGAGGGGCCCCCACCACCACCACAGAGGACCAAACCUCAAUGCUCUGUGUUCACACCGCUCAGCACUGCAUGCAAAACCAAAAGAAGUGACUUUUCUGUCACAAUGGCACCUCCAGCAACACCUCACAGCAAGAGGUGAAGGAAAACCUGAUCAGAAAGACAACAGCAAAGGAACACAGGUCCCUACAGCAAGCACCUCAAAACCAUAAGGGCCAUCUCAUGGGCGCCCUCCACUCCGUUGUUUACAUACUUGAAACCUCUGAAGAAAGUGGAAUUCCAUUCAUCAGCAUUUAUCACUGUAGAAGCAUUUGUUGGGACUCGCUCAGUUUUUCCCUGUGUGCCCUGAGCUAACCCCUGACAGACACACCAGCAUCCCACAUCCCUUCCAGCAAGCAGUUGUUUUUGUGAUGUAGCAAUGGUUCACAUACUGAGGGCUCCAAUAGCACAUGGCAGGGCACAGCCUGCUUCCCCAGGGAGGAGGGAUACUCAUCCUGUGCCCAGGAGCACAGCAAGCAGGAGGUGCCACCAUGUCCCCAUCACACAUCCCCACCCCCAUGUCCUCAUAUUCCCAUGUCCUUAUCCCCACAUCCCCAUCUCUGCCAGACAGUCACACCGACAGCCACUCAAGGCUCUAUCCAUGCACACAUUGCUUUGCAAAACAUGAGCAUCAGGGUUUUGCUCAGAGCACUGGUGUCUCAGUGCUCUCAUCAGCAUCAGACUGACCUCUCCAAAGCCAAGCAUCCCACUGACUGCUCAUUUCUUAAUCCAUUCUCAAGUUGGUUGCUCAGCCCAAUGUGAAAGGAACCUUUCGUGGUUGGAAAAUCCUCCACGAUCAGCAUGGAGCCUGCACCCUGCAGGCACUGCAUGAGGGCACACAUUCCCACUGCUCCCACAGCUCACCCACGGGAGUUUGCAGGCAGAUCACAGUGCUCUGCACUUCAUUUCUUCUUGAAAAAUCCAAUUUCUAUUCUAUUCCUCCCUGAUGAACUGCACAGAGCUGUGCCAUUACAGAGCUGUCACAGCACCCAAGCAGGGCAUGGCUCACAGAACAAGGGCUGCUGCCCAUGCCCUGCAGUGCUGCCCCAGCCCAGCCCAGAGCUGUGGGUUUUGAGGUUUGGAGGAAAUCAAUGACAAAGGGAAACAGCCGGCCAACAGCGCUGGAGCGCAAGAAGCAAACAAACCGCGCAGCUUUCCACACUUGUUUGCUUUAGGCAGCUUCAAGAGAGGGGUUGUGACGGCUGGGAUGGCUUCCUAGAAAGGAGAAGCUGUGAUUUGGCAUAACACAGUGCCCUGUGCAGGAGUGGGACGGGGGCAGCAGCAACACAGUUUGCAGUUUUCCCUGCCCCAAACCUUCACACUGAGAGGGUGCUGAGCCCAGGUUGUUCAAAAACAAAUUGCUCAUUAAGCAGCCUCAAGAGGAAUUGUCAGAGAAGUGUCUGAACCCCACGCAAAAUGAGCUCCAUCUGUGUCAUGGUGCAGCUCCGUGGGAGGACAAGAGAGCUGCCAGAAGAAGGAGAAAGACUCUUCCCCACUCGAGAGCAGUGUUAAAAUUGCAGUUAAGUAAUGACACAGUUGGGAGAAGCAACCAUUUAGCAUUGCAAAAGCAACACCGCACAUCCUGUUUGUUUUACAGCCACACCAAAUAUCCUGUGUGUUUUAUGGUUUACAUUUUACAACAUAAACAGUAAUAUAUAUUAAGCUGUGCUGCUAAGCAAGGGGAAAACGCAACAGGAGUACAGGAGGGACACUGUACAGUGAGCAGCACAGGACAGCCGUGCACACCUCAGCUCUGCUGUGAGGCUCUGCUUCCUCCUGCACAACCCCAUGGGGCUGUUCCCAUUUCACUGCCAUGGUGUUUUCACCCUUAAAGAUGAGUAAAGGAUGGGGGGUGGCUGUGAUUAAUAACAUCAGCACAGAGCCUUUUGAGUCAGCAAGUCAGGGCAGGGCAGGGCAGGCAGGGUCGCCCUGCAGCAGCACUAGGACAUGUACAGGGCUUUGGGAGUGGGAAAUUCACAGAAAAUUAUGUUCACUGAGAAAAUUCUGGGCCCUAUUUCACUUUCUCCAGCUACUGAGGUUGGUUUGUUUCUAUGUGACUUUCAGCUGGGACAGUGGAAGACUUUAGGUAUGUUGUUAAACAUACUGGGGUAGAAAACUGUCCAUUCCCUACUUCUGCAUUCACCAUAUACAUGAAUAUAUUCCAAAUAAAUACUCUAUGUUUUAUAGGGUCACCAAAGUCAGCCUGGAGAAAAACACCUUCACACGACUUGUUUCUGCAAGCUGCAAAGGCAAUGGCUGGGCUGAAAACCCCACAGCAUCCCCGCAAUCGCCUAUUCAACAUCCCUGCAUCCCACCCAGCAUGCUCGUUAUGGUCCCAACCCAAAGGAUUGCCCUCAAAGAAAUUCUCUCUUACAUGCCCGAAGGGAUCCAGGUGGUUGUUGGUGAGCUUCAGCUUCUGGAAGGACACGAGCUGCCGCAUCCAGUGCGCUCCAGUGGCAGGCGAGUCAGGGUGCACAUACAGCCGGCCCGGCAUGGCCGGUUCUGCCUUCCCAGCCACCAUCCUGCAAGCACAACAGUCACAUUGCAGCACUGCCAGCCCCCUGGAAAGCACUGCCAUUGACCUCCCCUUGCAAACCCCAGAGCAGCUAUGUCCUGUGGGAUGUACCGGGUCUCUAAGAGGUUCCCACUGCCCAUGGAAUCUCUUUGUCCCAGUGUCACAGCCUGCAGAGUUGAACCAUCACCAUCCUUGGGUCACUGUGUUGACAUUAGCCAAGGAGGACACCUUGGCUAGGUUUGGAGAAGGUUGGCCAGGGAUGAAGCCUUCUAAAGCCAUGCAGCAGAAGACACUGCUGCAAAUGGCACUCAGUGUCAGCUCCUAUGGGAUCAGGCUGGGUGCUGCCCCUCUGCACCCAUAUCCCUCCUCUCCCACACUUCCAGCCAUCCACCAGCAUUCACUGACGUGAAACCUCACUGCAAUGCAUCGCUUCAUGGCAGCUCCCCCAUUACUGUGUAUUGUUCUCUUCUCAUAAAACACCAAUAAAAGCAUUAUGACCAAAAACAACAGAGACUUUCCAGCAGCAAUAAAAUAAAAAGGGGAAACAGCUCUAGGGCUGGCAAAAACUAAAUUAAACAAAGUUAACAACUAUCCAUCAUCCAGAGCUUAAUGGUUAAAGCACAAAGUGGGCUGUGCACUCCAUCUACUCCUCUUACCCAACGGCAGUGCAGGACAAAAGGGAGUAGAAAAAGAAUUUUUGAAAUCUAGAGCAGCCCUAACAUGCAAGUGAAUUACUGCAGUUUUAUAGGAUGCUGCUGUUCCCAUUGAAAUGAGUACAAAGUUUUCCAUGGCUUGUCCUGACUUUCUGCUGCAUGGUGAAAAGACAAGCACAGCCCAUUCUCAGUGAGGGAGGCUGCUGGGCAUUGUUUUGGGGAAAAACAAAAGGG